AUGGAGAUGUAUUCCAACAACAGGCAAGGUUGGUCUUUUUUCCUGUAUCUUUGUAUCUGUGGGGCAAUAUGUGAAUCCUUCCACUAUUCAGUGCCCGAGGAAAAGAAAACUGGGUCUCUGGUGGCAAAUGUGCUAAAUGAUUUGAAAGUGGAUGUGAAGGAGCUUUCUGCUCGCAGGGCCCGGCUGGUUACUGAAGGCACCAAGGAAUAUUUCCAGCUGGAUCCUCAGUCCGGGAAUGUGAUUUUACAGGAUAGAAUAGACAGAGAAGCUCUGUGUGGUCAGAAGGACCCUUGUGUCUUACUCUCGGAAAUUGUGCUAGAAAACCCAUCGCAAGUGCAUAGAAUGGAAGUUGAAAUAGAGGAUGUGAAUGACAACUCCCCCCAGUUCUCUAAAAACGAAUAUCUUUUUGAAAUAUCUGAGCACACAGCAACAAAAACCCGGAUCCCUUUAGAGAGUGCUGGAGAUGCAGACAAAGGAGAAAAUACUGUUCAGAAUUACUCAAUAAGUCCUAACCACUAUUUUAGUCUAGAUGUGCAAACUCGCACUGAUGGUAGCAAAUAUGCGGAAUUAAUAUUGCAGAAGCAAUUAGACCGUGAAGAAGAAACACAACUUUCCCUGCUUCUUUCAGCUGUUGAUGGGGGAAAUCCAAGAAGAACAGGCACAGUCACAAUUUUUAUUGAAGUUCUGGAUGCGAAUGAUAAUGCCCCUCAGUUUCAUCAGUCAGUGUACAAGGUAAAAUUAAUGGAAAACUGCCUGCCUAAUACACUUGUAACAAAAGUGAACGCAACUGAUAGGGAUUUGGGUUCCUAUGGAGACAUCACUUAUUCCUUCAGUCAGUUAACAGAUAAUGUAGUUAGAUCGUUCAAGUUAAACAAGCAUAGCGGGGAACUGACUGUAGCUGGAAUAAUUGAUUAUGAAGAAAGCAUAAAUUAUGAGAUAAACAUCAAAGCCACAGAUGGAGGGGGGCUCUCUUCUUACUGCAAAGUCAUUGUGGAGGUUGAGGACAGAAACGACAAUGCCCCAGAGGUGACCCUCACAUCCCUCACCAGCCCCCUGCCGGAAGAUUCUCCCCCGGAUACGGUGGUGGCCCUUUUCCGUGUCACAGAUCGAGACUCUGGAGACAACGGCAGAACCGCCUGCACAACCGAGGCAAACUUACCAUUUGUGUUGAAGGUGUCUGUGAAUAAUUACUAUCAACUGGUGACCCAGCAGCCCCUAGACAGAGAAAAAGCCUCUGAGUACAACAUCACCAUCAGAGCCACAGACCAGGGCUCUCCCAGACUUACUUCAGCAAGAAUAAUAAAUGUUCAAAUCUCAGAUGUCAAUGACAAUGCUCCAGUAUUUGAGAGGUCAACAUACGAAAUGCAGUUACGGGAAAACAAUAUUCCAGGUCUGCUGAUAGGGUUGGUGCAUGCUGAUGACUUGGACAGGGAGAAGAAUGCCAAAGUGACAUAUUCACUUCUGCCUGGGAAGGUCAUUGAUCAACCUGUGUCCUCUUAUGUCUCCAUCAACUCUGAAACUGGGAAUCUGUAUGCCAUCCGAUCUUUGGACUAUGAGCAGAUAAAAGAUUUCCUUGUGACUGUGAAGGCUGUGGACAGCGGUUCUCCUCCCCUGAGCUCCGAAGUUAAGGUCCGAGUUGUCAUCGUGGAUGAAAAUGAUAAUGCCCCCUUCAUCCUGUACCCUCUUCAGAACGGCACUUCCCCAUCCAACGACCUGGUUCCCAGGGGGGCGGAGGCUGGUUACCUGGUCACCAAGGUGGUGGCAGUGGACAGAGAUUCUGGACAGAACUCUUGGCUUUCCUAUGAGCUCCUGAAGGCCACAGAACCAGGUCUGUUCAGUGUGGGGGCCCAGAAUGGAGAAGUGAAAACCAUGAGACCAAUUCACCAACGAGACACUUUCAGACAGAAACUUAUCAUCGGCGUGAGAGAUAACGGGCACCCUCCCCAGUCCACCUCUGCAACGCUAAGCAUUCUGCUAGUGGAUGGCUUUUCUGACCCUUAUAUGAAAAUGGUGGAUAUCCCGAAGGAUGAAGUUGUGGCGGAGGAAGACCGCACCCUGACCUUGUAUCUGGUCAUUUGCUUGGCUGCCAUUUCAUUCCUUUUUCUGUUUUCUAUAAUUGUGUUUAUUGCCAUCAAGAUUCACAAAAGGAGAAAGUUCAUGGAGAGCUCAACCCUGAAUUUUCCAGUGGGACCAAAUUUCCAGGAGAACGGUGGAGAUGCUGGUGCUGGAUCCCUUUCCCGGGCUUACAAUUAUGAGGUGUGCUUAGCUGGAGGAUCUCUGAGCAGCGAGUUCAAGUUUCUGAGGCCCUUCUUUCCUGUGUUUUCAGUGGAGCCUCCUAAAAACAAAGGGGAAUCUAGACCUUCAUCUUCUUCUCAAGAAGUUCCUACUCAUGCAGCAGAAUGUCAGUUCAUGAACCAGGUGAGGAUAUAA